AGGUUUCUAUUCAAGACGGCUGUUUUCAGGUUUACAUUUAGUUCUUAGUGGAGAAGGUGAUGGAGCGUCGUUCUCAGCCAUCUCUCGAUGAGGAGUCGUGGAGACGACAAUACCAGUUGGAAAAUGAAGAUAAUGCCUUGGCCAGGGCGCUGGAGCUUUCGCGAUUAGAACAUCUGCAACGCACAGAGAAAGAAUCUCGAAUGCAACGUGAUGAACCGACACGAGGUGAGGAACCAUUAUCGAAAUCAUGCUCGUUGUCACCUGCGAAUGUACAGAGACAGCAACAAGACAGAGAGGAGACUCAGCUUUUGCGAAACUCUUCUAGAGGGGCUGUGACUGCAGGUUCAGCAGGUCAAGGGGUAAGAGCCAUUCCGCUUUGUCUUCCAAACAACUGCAAGUGGGAUUCCAAGACAUUACAAUGCGUCCGAACUGGAGAGAAACGCUCAUCACUUUACGUGGUCGAUGAAGCACUUGAAAGGCUGAGGAACGAGAAAGGUCCUGUGUGUGUAGUGUCCGUUGUUGGCCCAUACAGAAAGGGAAAGUCCUACAUCUUAAGCGAAGCCUUUAACCAACCUGAGGUUUUCCCACUUGGACAUGAAAUGGUGGCCGAGACCAUGGGAAUCUGGUUAUGGAUUGUACCUGAAAAGUAUAAGGAUUCCAGAGGAAAUGAAUUCACAGUAGUGCUACUGGACUCCGAAGGAAUUGAUGCCGCAGACAGUGAAAGCCGUGAUGAUAAUCAGAUAUUUACAUUAACCGUCCUUUUGGCUUCGGUGCUCAUUUACAACUCUCAAGGUGUCCCGACAAAGCAUGAUCUCGAGGGACUGGAUUUUAUAGUGAAGUUGUCUCAACGGAUCCAGAUUCGAUCUAACAAUGGACGAACCGUUGGUGCAAAAGAAACUGAGUUCUUUCACAAAACAUUUCCUUUCUUCAUUUGGUUGUUAAGGGAUGUGACACAGUUCAUUCCGCGUGACUGCAGAGACAUCAAAGACUACUUCUUAAAGAAGGUUUUCAGAGAUCAAGAUUCACCGAUGGCUCCAGGUCGCCAGGGCCAGAAAGUUGCUGAGAGCAUCUUGCGAUUCUUUCCUGGCUUUGACGCGUUCACUUUGCCUCCUCCUUCUGCUGAUGAUGAAGUAAUGAGAAGUCUCAACGAGAACAAGGCCCUUUUGCAGUCCAAAUUUUUAAAAGGAUUAGAGCAGUUCAAGAGUUUGCUAAGGUCCACCUUGGUCCCAAAACACAGCUACACUGAUGGAGAGUUGGUAACUGGCGAAGGUCUCGCUGCUUUGGUUACCUUGUACGUCAAUGCCAUCAACACUCCAGAUGCCAUUCCAAAUGUACAAUGGGCAUGGGACAUGUUUGUACAAACUAAAUGUUUCGAAGCCAGGCAAGUUUCUCAAGGAAAGUACGACGAGCUAAUGAAGUCACUGUUGUUUGGGAAACUACCUUGUGACAAUGAUGAGUUACGUAAGUGUCACAACACUGCACUGGAAGAGAGUGAAGCCCUGUUUAUGGCAGAAACGAGUGGGAUUUCUACCAACACUGUUGAAAGGCAUAUGAGAGAACUAAAGGCCGAAAUGAGCAAACAUUUGAACCAAUGGCAGAUUGAAAAUGCCCAGUUGACAAAACAAAGCUGCGAACGUCUUCUGUUCCACCUUAAAAGAAAACACCUGGAUCCAGUCCUUCAGCAAUUGCAGGGCAGAGACGGAUCCAAAUUAUCUUUUGACGACAUUAUUGGAGUGUACCAUCUCAUUAAAGACGACUAUGACGCACGCGCAGUUGGUGCCAAAGAUGCUAUUGCCGCAGCAUUCUUUGACUUCCAUCCUGAACUAGCAAAGGAAACAAAGCGACACCUUGAGCUGCUAAGGCAACUGAAAAACUUUGACGAGAAAGCCGCCAAAGAGAAGGCAGUGGAAGCUUACCAAGAACGCGAGAGAAGACGGCUUGAGGAGCAAAAACUAUGCUUGCAACAAGAAAAUAAAGAGCACAAAAAAGAGAUGGAAAUGUUGAUCGCCAGAUUGGAAAAAGAGAGAGCUGGACGGCGCGAGAAAAUGGAAAUUGAGAUGAAAGUACAGCGAGAACAACUGAAAAACAUGACGGCGGCACGUAUGGAGCAGGCCGAGCAGGAACGUGAAGCUUUCAUAGAAGAAAAUCGUGCCUUAGAAGAGCGGUUUCUGGAGAUGCAAAAAUCUAACGAGGAAAACAUGAAAAUGAUAAAGGACAUGUCAGAAUUGAUCGCCAAACACGAGGGAGAGAAAAUGAAGCUUCGUACACAGAUGACAGCGCAACCUAAAGAGGAGAUGGAAGCUUCUUUAAAGGAGAUGACAGACAGGCAUUCUGAAGAAGUAAGAGUGCUGCUUGAGAAGAUGGACAUCCAGAUUGAUGGAAUUGAUAAAAUGAAGAAAUCAAGCGACGACCAAGAGUUCUACUCCACCGCGGAAGACAAGGAGCGCGCUGCAAAGUUGGAGGAAUUGCCGCAACUGAUGAAUUCAAGAGCACAAAUGGUAGGUGGUCUACAACAAAAAAUUGCAGAGACUGAAAAGGAGCAACAAGCUGUAGAGAAAUCAAGUUACAUGAAGCAAGGGUUUAAAGUCCUAGCUAAAGUGGCGCCAAUGGCUGGUAAAGCUAUAGCUGCUUGUCAUCCUCCGUCAGCACCGUAUGCAGAACCGAUUGCCAGUGUUGUGAGUGUUGCUGCUGGAGCCUUGUCAGAGUGCGACUGCAGUAUUAUGUAAACACAAGGGUUGUUCCGCUUCUUUUUUAGAACAAAGUUUCUCUUGCUGAAAACCAGUCCCUUCAAUUUUUAUCCAUUUGGGGUGAGCUACUGUAGUUUUUAGUUUCGCUCCUAUACUUCCGGUAAUUCUGCCCAAUCUUACUUAAAUACACCAAAUUUAUCGUAUGUAAUCGUAUUUGUGAUCGAAUUUUUUGAUCUUGUUGUUACAAUAAAAUAGCACAAAAUAA